UGCACAACCACCUUUCGGUUCGACUUCGGCCAGUGGCUGCAUCGUCGUCGCCUUGUUCCCUGCAAGAUCCUGACACAUCCUGGUGGUACAGUUGACGCGAUGGAUCCAAGAGAAGCGGCCGCUUUUAUCGCAGACAAUGCCAAAGAUGUCACGAUAGUCGACGAGGGCGUGAAAAAGAUCGCCAAGGUCAUCGCCGAAGCCGUCAAAGAAGAAAAACUGUCCCUGGAAUCAUUCAAACAGAAUGAAGUUUUGCCGCUUGAUAAAGGUUUGACAACAGAAGAACUUGCCAACUGGGUGUUCAUCGUUGACGCAAUCAACUUCAGCUUUUGGACACCAGAUGGUGUUCCUAAAUAUUCCAUUAAAUAUAAUGGAAAAACUAGGACUGGCUACUUGGCUAUGGUUUCAGCGGUCAACAGAGCCAUCGACGAAGGCAAGAAAAUAUACGACCCGAAGUACUACAGUAAACUGACUGUAGAGGAUCUGGAGAAGAUCUUCCGCUCAGACACCGAAUCUGCGAUGCCACUCUUCGAAGAGAGGGUCAAGGUCAUGCACGAAGUGGGGAGCAAACUCGUCGAAAAGUUCGAUGGUUCUUUUGCCAAUGUCCUGAAGAAGGCGGGAGGGAGCGCGCUGAAGUUGAUAGAUCUCGUGACGAGCGAGUUUCCCUGCUUUCGUGAUACGGCUGUUUAUGAUGGAAAAGAGGUGAAGAUAUACAAGAGAGUUCAGAUACUGGCAGCUGAUAUCUGGAUGCUCUACCGGGCGGACGGUCCAGGCGCCUUUGUAGACAUAGACAAACUGACGAUAUUUGCGGAUUACCGAGUACCACAGGCUAUGGUGUACUUUGGUGCUCUGAAAUAUUCUGAUAACUUGAUGGACAAGCUGAAGAAAGAGGUGCUUUUCCAGAAUGGAGAUAGAGAAGAGGUGGAGAUCCGAGGUUGCUCAAUGCAUGCUGCUGAACUCAUCGUGGAGGAGACCCACAAAAUCCUGAAUUCAUGGGGUCUUCCAGUUGCUGGGCUCAACAGCAUUAAAGUCGAUUUCUUCCUCUGGGACUACAGGGUUAUGCAUGCACAGCAGUUAAAUGAUACUCCCUAUCACAGAGUUCGGUGCAUUUACUAUUAGCUUUAAAACUGCUGGUAAUGAUAUCUUUGGAUUCUAAUAGGCAACACCUUAUAAACCAGUGAAAAGGUAGGGAUGUGAUUUUGCUUUGUUCAAAAUUGUUUUGAUGCUCUUUCAUCUAACAUUGAUCAUGUUAAAAGGAGGUUGUUAGCAGUUUAGUAGAAAAAAAAGGUUGUGCUUUGGAAAUUCAGAUGAAAAUUACUUAAUGUAAUUAAUUUAUUAGGAAAGUUUAUUUUUUGGGAAUAGCAGCUUUUAAACUAAAUUUUUUAGGGAAGAAGCAAAAUCUUGAUUGGUGAUUAUAAAUUAGCAAAGACUAUAGUACUAACGUAAUGAAUGAUAUAAAGACAGGGAAAACUUGAUAAAAAAAAAUAUUGUUUUAAACAAAUUGAUGAUAAUUUCAUUGAAAUUAUUUCAUUGGGCUCAAAAAGAAAAAUAAAGCACAUCAAAACUUCACAUCAAAGUCAUGUUUUCUGGUACAUAUUUUGAUUGAGCUGUAGUUUACAAUUAGGUAAUUUUUUUAUUUCUGUGGUAAAAUUAAUGAUUUUGUAUAAAAAUACCCAUUUGCUGAUGUUCAAUUAUUUUUAGCCAAUUAAACCAAACCAGUAAUGCAAAAGAUUUGACUGUCAUAGGACUGGUCACUGAUUUGUAAUACUUACCUGACCAGACCAGUUGUAACUGGCUUCAAAACAAUCACAAUUAAUGGUGCUUAAGUUGGUUGUACUGUAUAAAAAUUUGGAUCCUUUUUGUGCGCCAGUAUUUUUCCUGGUUGUGAUCACUGCUUUUUUUUCAUCAUUCCUGGGUAUGAUCACUUUUUUCGUGGUUUACAUUGAGGGCCUUGAGAAUUUCAUGCAUUCGCAAGAAACCACAAGGAAAUCUAAAACACAUUAAUUUUUCAAGUUUAUUCCCAGAAAAUUUAAACAACAGUACAUAGAGCAGUAUUAAGAGAUAUGCUGAAUAAGUUCUUGGAGUUUAUGGACGAAACAAUUUAGUCAGGUAAUGUGGAGAUCUUAUGGUCAUCAUAACACAAAUAAUGACGAGCACCAAAAAAUUCGUUACAGUCUUUACAAUUACUUCACUGUUGUGGUAACUACAUAUUUCAGCAACUUGAAUUGGCCACUAAGGGCCAUUCUUAACUCUGUAAAGGAAGGAAUAAUCAAACCUUUUGAAUUAUGAGACGAGAAAAAAAACAGUAAUGUGGAGCUAAAUGGUCAAUACAAAAUGAUGUUUGUAAGAUACAUGUCCAACAUCUCAAAAUUCCGUCAUAUACCACACCCAUAAUACUUAGUAUAAUGUAUGUUAAUAAUACAAAUUGGAAAUCAGUCAUUGCCAAUUAAGGAUUAUGCACUUUCUUUUUAUGUUAAAUUAUGAUAUGCCAUGUUACAAAUCAGGGAGAAUGGACUGCCAAUAAAAAUAAUGUAAUGAAUACAGAGUAGUCGGAAUUAGGGUAUAAACGUUUACAAUAUUUUCUUAAACCCUUGAGAAGGCAUUGCCAAUAAAUAUAAAAAUAGUCUGUAGAGUGAUAUACUGUACCACUUGUAUAUACUCCCAGAAUUUCUUAAAAUGUUUGUGAAUCCACUGCCAAUAAAAAUGAGAAAUGA